AUGGACUCAAACCAGUCGGACGCCGACAAGGUAUGCCGCGGUUGUAGCCACCUAUCUUGAAGAUGUGCUAAUGAAUGUGCAAAACAGAUCCGAGCAAAGCGCCUUGCAAAGCUAGGUGGUCCUACGACUUCCGGAUCUCCGCCGCCAGUACAGAACAACGCCGAACCGUCUUCCAAACCAACCACGCCUCCGACAACCGAUGGAUCGUCUGAGAAAGCUCCAGCUCAACAACUCGAAGUGCAGCAAAAGGCCGCCGCUCCCAAGAUCACAGUGAAGCCGCGUCCCGCAUCGCCUGCAAAGAGAGAGCGUGAUGGAUCAGAGAAGCCUCGAGCCAGAGCCGAGCGGCCACCUGAAGCCUUGGAAACAUGGCAGGACAGGAAUCUGCGCCAGGUGUUCCGGGUUACACUGAAAGAGCAGGAAUUGAAGGAUGCCCACGGGAACAGGCUGAUAUACUUGCCAAGCACAAAGGACGAUUUGAAGGAGCAGAACCGCCCGCUUCUACUAAAUGUUGAGGUGUUGGAGACCGCCAUCACAGAAGCCGCCGGACAGGCACCAGGUGCGAAGGUUUUUGCAUAUCUGCUGCAGAGCUUCAAGCGCGUUGCGAGAGGUAUCCGCAGCUUGAGGACUGGGGUUGAUGACGCCAAGUUGGAGAUUCUGAGGGAGACUCGGCGAUUGUGCAUGAGCUACUGCGUCUUUGCGAUCACAAUUCCGGAUAUGUUUGGCGUGGAGACAACUUCGAAUCCACUGGUCGAUCAUUUACUUGCAGAUCCCGAGUGCGAUGUUGGUAUCUGCACCGACUUUUUGACGGAGGCCUGCUCUCGAUUUGAGGAGGACGAAGGCAUCAAAGAUGUCAUCGUCGGGGCGGCAGAAGAGCUGAGCAGACAACUGGCCAAACUCGAUAUGAACGAAGGAUUGUUCCAGCCCUACGUUACUGGCAUUCGCAACCUUCUCCGGUUCCCGAAGAUUGUUGAGGCCGUCACGCAAUCUCCCAUAUGGGCGCCGGGAGACGUCGAGCCGCAGGAAUUGGAGACGAAGUCCCUGCUGGGCCCAUUCUUCCGGCUUUCGCCUGUACAACCUGCGGUGGCAAACAACCUAUUCUCUGCGCCAAGAUCGAGGGACAGGAACUCUAUUGCGACAGCACAGGGCGCAGCGCGUAUGACACUUCGGACACACCAGGCUGAACUGUUCGAAAUUGUCAAUGGCAUCGUGCGCGCAGGGAAAGAACCGAAAGAGCGGAUGCUGGACUGGUUCGCACUCACCGUCAACAAGAACCACAAGCGACGUGCUAUGCGUCCUGACUACAAAUCCAUAUCCAGUGAUGGCUUCAUGGUCAAUGUUACGAAUGUGCUGGACCAACUUUGCGAGCCCUUCAUGGAUGCGACGUUCAGCAAGAUUGACAAGAUUGAUGUCAAUUACCUGCGCCGGAAUCCACGUGUCGACAUCUCCGACGAGACCAAGAUAAAUGCUGACCAGAAGACGUCCGACGAGUUCUACUCUCAUCAGGCCGAGGGCACCAACGGCUUCAUCUCCGAAUGCUUCUUUCUCACUGUGGCCGCUCACCACUACGGUACUGAGGCAGCGCAGGAACAGAUGAGCACUUGGCGGAAGCACAUUAAGCGCAUGGAGCAGGAUGUGGACGCCAUGGAGGGUGAACGCCACAAGUAUAUCAAUGUGAGUGCGACUGAUUUUGAUUAACGACGGUGCAGCUGAUAUAGGUCAGGACCCUCGAUACCUGGCUCAGUACGAGAAUGCCCUAAAGAAAGCGAAAGAGCGUGUCGACAAUACGUGGUGCUAUAUCCAUGCCAUCCAGGGAGUGCUGCUGGACGAUUUGAACCAGGCUCGCUCGAUGCAGUUCAUGAGAUACCUCAUUGUCUGGCUAUUGCGCCUUGCUUCGGGUCGAAACGUUCCCAAGGAGCGUUUGGAGCUUCCUCUACCCGCUAAGCAGGCUGAUGUGUUCAAGUGUUUGCCUGAAUACUUUCUGGAAGACAUCGUGGACAACUUCAAGUUCAUCACGUCUCACAUCCCGCAUAUCAUCACGCCACAGCAAUGCGACGAGAUCGUGCAGAUAUGCAUCACCUUCUUGCGGAGUACCGAGUACGUCAAGAAUGCUGGCGUCAAGUCUGGCCUCGUCAGUAUUCUCUUCUAUGGUGUACAGCCAUUCUACAACCACGCGCGGGGUGUUUUGGGCGACCUUCUGAUUGGCUCGCCAUUCGCUCACAAGCAUCUUCUACACGCUCUUAUGCGAUUUUACAUUGAAGCAGAGAGCACGGGCACGCAUACUCAAUUCUACGACAAGUUCAACAUCCGAUACGAGAUCUUCCAAGUCAUCAAGAAGAUCUGGGUGAAUACGAUGUAUCGAGAGAGCUUGCAGAAGGAGUCUGAGGUCAACACAGACUUCUUCAUUCAAUUCGUCAACAUGCUGGUCAACGACUUCACCUUUGUUCUGGACGAGAGCUUGAGCAGCAUGACUAAGAUCCACGAUCUUACAAAAGAGCUGGAAGAUCCAGCAGCAAUGCAGGAUCUCGAUGACCAGCAGAAGAAGGAGAAGGAAGAGCUGUUGGAAGAUCACAAGGGCCGGGCGAAGAACUACAUGCAACUCACCAAGGAGACGAUGGAAGCGCUCAUCCUCUUCACUGAGACGCUGGCAGGGGCUUUUACGCGUGCAGAAAUCGUCACGCGACUUGCCGACAUGCUGGACUACAAUCUGGACACUCUAGUUGGCCCAAAGAGAACCAACUUAAAGCUCAAGGACGCGGCGGAGUACGGAUUCCAUCCAUUUCAGCUUCUCUCGGACAUUCUGUCAGUCUACAUCAACCUCUCAUCGAAGAAGCCGUUCAUCGAAGCUAUCGCGCGCGACGAGCGCUCGUACAAGGCGGCGAAUUUCACCGAAGCCACUCGUCUUAUGCAAAAGCGCGCGAUGAAGUCGCCCGAGGAGCUGCGGCAGUGGGAGGCGCUGGGUGAGGCUGUGGCGGAGGAGAAGAGACUUGUGGAAGAGGCCGAAGAAGACUUUGACGAUGCUCCGGAUGACUUCCUCGACCCGCUCAUGGGCACUCUGAUGGACGAUCCCAUCACUCUGCCUCGCAGCAAGGAGACGGUUGACCGGUCCACCAUUCGCAGCCAUCUGCUGAACGAUCCCACUGAUCCUUUCAAUCGGACUCCUCUGAAGAUCGAGGACGUCAUCCCAAAUGCACAGCUCAAGGAUGCGAUUGAGACGUGGAAGGCGUCAAAGCGAGCGCAGCGGACGGCAAAUCAGAUGGAUAUGAGUGAGGGAUAA